GUGCAGUGAACAGAUCAUUACCAGCGCAGUUUUCCUCUGUCAACAUCUCUCGGAGAUAAAUGGGCGAACUCUUGUGUUUCGCUUCCACCAAGUAUGAUGAUAUGAUACGCGGCAACGUGGAUGUAUUUUUUAUGGUGCUUUUCUGCGAGUUUUCCGACUGUUGGAAAAAAGUGGAUUUUGCAAAUGUGAAUUUGAUGUCAAUUUAACGUCGAAACGAGGGUUCCGCUGUGGAAAGGGGAGCAGAGAGAGUUGCUACGGCAAAAAAGUAGAGAGCGGGGACACUGGGCUCUCCACACGGGAGUCAGCAUGCUGUCCGCGGGCGGAGAGGAGCUCGGAACCGACUCUGUUGAACAGUGUGCUGUGGGAAUGCCGUUGGAUUUACACGUUCCGUUCUAUUCGCCGAGCGCUUGAAGAACACGGAGAGGUGCAUAAGUGUUCAAUGGGAUUACAUUAUACGGAUAAAAUCAUGUUUAAUAAGAUCUCUGGAACCAAAUGUCACGUCUCCUGGAAACAGCUUGGGCUGGGGCCCAUCAACACUUGACAGGAGGCCGGGAGGUGGACGAUGUGGCUCAGUGCUUCAGCACCAUCUCAGUCACACCCUGCUUGGGCCCAAGUGAAAGCAGUCCUGCAAUGAUCUGACUCCUCAGCAUGGAUGGCUUAAGUGAGAGAACCUAUGUGCUUUAAUGACACCACCUUGUCUAGAGAAGGACUAGAAAAAUAUCAAGGGAUUACUCCUCGGCUUGAAUUCUUACAUUUAUCUUCAAACUGCACAUUAGAAUAGUCUUUUAAGGGACAUUUUGCCGGCUUUGUUACAUUUCCAUUUUACUCCCUCCAACCACUAAUUUUGCCUUGCCAUUUCCUUUCCCUUUUUUCCAUUAUGGAGUUUCAAACUGGAUUUUGGAAUAACGAUUGGACUUCAUUUCUUCGCUUUUGGUUGACAGUUUUGUUGAGCUUGCAUGUGCAGUUCAGCCCCGUCUCCUCCUGUCCCGAUGAGUGCCGCUGUGAUAGAACAUUUGUUUACUGUAAUGAGAGGAGCCUAACGUCUGUGCCUCUGGGAGUGCAAGAGGGAUACAAGACCCUCUUCCUCCACAACAAUCAGAUCAACAAUGCCGGCUUUCCAUUGGAGCUACACAAUGUUGCCUCUGUAGAAACUGUUUACCUGUAUGGAAAUCAGCUGGAUGAAUUUCCCCUUAACCUUCCGAAGAAUGUCCGAGUGUUGCAUCUCCAGGAAAACAACAUCCAGACUAUCUCCAGGGCAGCACUUGCCCAGCUACACAUGCUGGAGGAACUCCACCUGGAUGACAACUCCAUCUCAACUGUAGGGGUAGAGGAGGGGGCUUUCAGGGAGGCUCUCAGUCUCAAACUACUUUUCCUCACCAAAAACCACCUAAGCAGUAUCCCUAUCGGAUUACCUGCAGAUCUCAAGGAGCUGCGUUUGGAUGAGAAUCGAAUUGCAGACAUUGACGAGGAUGCCUUUCAGAAUGUCACCACCCUGCAGCGACUGUUACUGGAUGGAAACUUGCUUGAGGAUGAGGCCAUUGCUCCUGGUACCUUCCAGGAUUUGGUCAAUCUCAAAGAAUUGUCCCUGGCACGCAACUCCCUCACCGCUCCACCACCAUUGCUCCCUAGCGUAUCCCUAACCAAGCUCAACUUACAGGAAAACCAGAUAGACACUAUUGAAGUGACAGCCUUUGCUGGACUUAGUAAACUAGAAAAGCUAGAUAUCUCCAGCAACCAGCUUCAGAUCCUUCCACCGGGUGUCUUUGAUGGCUUGAGAAGUCUGAGAAUCCUUAAUGCUAGAAACAACCUCUGGCGCUGUGAUUGUAGCAUUAAGUGGGUCAUUGCAUGGCUCAGGUCUCUGCCUUCUGCGAUAAAUGUCCGUGGGUUUACGUGCCAGAGUCCAGAAAGGGUGCGUGGCAUGGUUAUACGAGAACUCACCUUAGAUGCCAUUGAUUGCCCCGCAGGCACUGUUCUUCAUCCCUGGCCAACCCAUACAUAUCCUUCUACAUUACCUCCCCGCAGAACCAGCACCAUCACCAAAACCACCUCCAAAACCUCCCACAUCACUACCAUUUCACCCACUGCUUUUUACCCAGCCUCCACCAACCCCACACCCCCAGUGCAGCAUUUCCCUCCCGGUCCCCUCCCACCCUACGAAGAUCCCUUGAAAAUCUCUUUUCAUGUUGUUAACUCCACCUGCAUUGAUGUGAGCUGGGAGUCUUACUUCACUGUGACAUCUUACAAGGUGACUUGGGUUAAGAUGGGCCAAAGUUUGAUGAGUGACAUCACUCGAGAAAGAACAGUCCCAGGAUACCAACGAAGGCUUAGUUUGUCAAAUUUGGAGCCUAGAUCUGUCUACCGUAUCUGCGUGUAUGUUCUGGAUACUCUUAACACUUACAGACCAGGCGAGGAUACUAUCUGUUCUGAGGCUAAGACCAAAUCCACGUCCACAUUCUCUGAAUCGGAGCAGGCUGCUCAGCAAGACAACACCUCCACACUUUUAUUGGCCGGAGUGAUAGGUGGGGCAGUGUUGGUGGUCUUAGUGACGCUUCUAAGCUUGUUUUGCUGGCACAUGCACAAGAAAAGCAGAUCGCCGUCGUCCAAAUGGAAAUACAAUCGUGGCAGAAGAAAAGAUGACUACUGUGAGGCCGGCACCAAAAAGGAUAACUCCAUCCUGGAAAUGACUGAAACCAGCUUUCAGAUAGUGUCGCUAAACAAUGAGCAGCUUUUAAAAGGGGACUUCAGAAUUCAGCCCAUCUACACACCUAAUGGAGGAAUUGGCCUCCGAGACUGUCACCUUAGUAACAAUAGCAUAGCUUACUGCAAGAGCAGUAACGUUCCCAGUGUGGACUUCCUCCACACAUGAUGCUUUUCAAUGGAUGCUACAACCAUUUGUUCAAAGAACAUGUAGUUCAAUAUACUGUACAAUACACGUAUACAUAUAAAUAUAUAAAUAUAUAUUUCCAGGUGCAGUCAACAUGGUAAUUUAUACUGUGGACAAGUAUGUGGAAUUCUGCUAUAUUUUCUAUUCUUAGUAAAUAUGAAAUGGUUUUGUAAUUUGUGAGGCUCAAAAGUGGCUUCGCUCAAGGAUGCCGCAGAUGUUUUGUAAAAUCAAAGCACGUUGGCUACCUGCUGCAAGCGCAGGCCAUUGGUUUUGGCUCUCAACCAGUUGAAGAUGUUGCUAACCACACAACCAAAAUAUGCCCUUUUUGCUGAAAUACAGCUACCCCUUCACACAACAGUAGUUAAGAUAACACAGUGGUCAGGAAACCAAAACACCGCUGAUUAAGCUGCAGUAGAAAAAAAAGGAGCAGAGGUUUUUUUUUUCAGAAUUGAAGUGCACUUUCUUAAUGCAGCAGAGAGCAUGAGCAGUCAUUCAGGAAAUGAGCUUUUGUGGAAAUCACAUUUGAAGGGAAAAGGGACCACUCUACAAAACCAUGCAGUUCCACUAUGAGAGGUCUGUGAAUGCGGUAGGGAGAUGGCCUGAAAGGUUCCUGUGCAAGCAUUUUCCAGGGCAUAUUUAUGUUUUAUUUUGCCCACAAGAGGGCAGCUUGUUUCAGUCCAUACAAGAGGAUAACAGCUUAAAUGGAAUACAAACACUCUAGUGUGUUAAAUCCAUGACUUUUAUGGGAAUAGCUUUUGUGCUUGAGCCUUAUUUUCAAGCAAUUAGCAGCCCAAACAUAAAAUGAGGUAAUGUAAGAGCUAAACCGCUGAGGUAAACUAUUAAUAUCCUGUGGGAGCUCUGUAAGCUCCUUCAUGUUUGUUCUAAUUAUUAAUCACUGAACAUUAGAAUACAACAGAAAUCUCAAACUUAAAAUCUGUAAUUCACUUCUGUAUACUCAAAUUGGCCUUUCUGAACAUGCUCUGUGAUUUACAAAUUAAGCCGGGGCUUUACACCCAGGUUCUCCUCUCUGAAUAUUUAUGGUUUAUCACACGAAUGUGAUCAGGGACAUUUUACAGCGACAUCCACAUCAUUGUCUAGCUUUUUCCUUUACUGACCAAAACCCCUUUGUAAUCAUGCAUCUCAUCAGGUGGGAUGAUGAAUGGCCGUUUAAACAAAAGCCUUCUUUUUAGAGAGAAGAACUGGCACAUGCCGGAUUCAGUCUUUGAAAGAGUUUCAGAUCCCUGCAUGACUGCAAUUAGGACUAUUUUUUUAAUGGUGCACCAGUAUUCCAGGAUAGAGCCAAGUUUGGAAUGCAGGCUUGCUGUGGAGAAGCAUUUAUCAUGCGCUGUUACUCAUAGACUUCAAUUGCUUCGACAAGAUUUCAUUUUGAGAGCCGAGAUCAAACCCCCACUGCAUAAUCCCGGGUCCAGGAAAGGGGAAAGAAAAGCAGGGGUUAUUUUCACUUGGCAGGAGAGUUCUGGAUUAGGGAGGGGGUUUGUAGUUCUAAUGGUGGUCCUAAUUGCCUGAGUUAACCCUUCAUCUUGACAUUAAGGGGACGUUUACACAACAAAGUUUUCAGCCAAAAACAGGACAUUUUUAAAAACGUUUUUCUGUUCGUUUACACUAUAACAUUGUUUAAAACAUAAAUUGAAAACUGUUUCAAAGUGGAAGUUUUUCGAUAUGCUGCUGUUGUCUUGACCAUUUUAAACACAUGAAAAUGAAAGCCUUUGCCCUGCAAAAAAUUUUGUGUUUAAUAGAUGUCUAAUAGACAUCUAACAGUAGACAGCUUGCCUAAAACAAGGCUAAACUUAGGCUGUCAGUGAAAAUCUAAUAGACAUCUAAAAAUAGCCCAAAACUAGACUAGUCAUCAAAUAGAUUCUUUAUAUGUGUAGUCAUUCAUUGAUGUUUAUUUGAUGACUGGUCUAGUUUUGGCCUAUUCUUAGAUCAGAUUUUCACUGACAGCCUACAUUUAGCCUUGUUAUAGCCAAGAUGACUAUGUUUAGAUGUCCAUUAGACAUCUUUUAAAAACAAAAAAAUGCUUGCUGGGUGAAAGCAAUGACGUCACACGCAUGCAUAGUAUGUGUUUAGGAGAAAGUAAAUUAAAGUAUAGUGCAAACAAACAUACACAAUAAUGAAUUAGUAUGUGGUAGGAUUGUUUGCUUGUACACUCUCAGAAAUAAAGGUAUGGGAACUGUCACUGGGGCAGUACCUUUCAAAAAAUACAUAUUUGUAACCAAAGAGUCCACAGUGGUACCUCAAAGGUACAUAAUAGUAUCUAAUUGUACCUAAAAAAGUACACUUGAGGUACCAUUAUGAACACUUUAGGUACAAAUAUGUAUCUUUUGAAAAGGUACUGCCCCAAUGACAGUGUAAUGAGUGAUAGUUUAUUGUUGUUCCCUAAUGCUGUAUUAGCAAAGUGUGGCUUUAUUUUGAAUUACAACCUAAAGUGAUACACAUGGCAAACUAUACAUAAGCUAUGUUUCCAUCUACUGUUUUUAUAUGCAUUUCGAAAAAUUGCUUUAAAAUGCUAGAUGGAAGUGCCAAUGUGCAAAAGAUGUGCAUAAAAACUUUUGAGCAGGAUAAACAAUUAAGUAGGGUAAACAUUUUAUCAGAUGAAAAACUGCAUAAACUGUGAAGGAAACCCAUUUACCUAGUAAAUUCUAAUAUGCUCAUCAAAAAGUUAUGUGAUUUUUGUUAUGACGUUUGGUAUCAAAAAUGUGCACAAUUAACAGAAAGUUAAUGGAAAACCCAUGAACCGACCACAUUGCUCAACAUCUGAAAUGUUGCUUGGUCAUUCUAACAUCCCUUAGCCAAUGUCUGUCAUCAAAUUGAUUCAGUAUUAUUACCUUCUAGAGCUGUCUUGAGUGACUGUGCUCUCAAAGAAAUUUCUCGCGCCUCCAAAAGCCUCUGCACAGUCAUUGUGUUUUGUCAUUGUCUUCUGUGCACAGGCCUGUAGCCUGCCUAUUAAAGGGCGUGGUUCUUUUUUAUUAAAAGGUGGACCUUUUUGCAGUUAUUAUUCUCAAAUUGGGAGUUUCAAAUACUGUUAGUGACAUUUUAAGCACUAAUUUGUGCUUUAUUAGCUCGUCGGAUGGUUAUCAUUACCACACAGUUUGAUGCAACAAAAAUACUUCCCCUUCUAUGUCAAAGUGCUUAUCAUACUAUUUUUCGUUUACAAAAAAAUAUGUUUAUUUACAAAUGUGCAUUUAUACUGUAAGUUAUUACAGUUUUACAUACAUUGUAAUGAUAUUAGAAUUUUAGAAAACUUUAUUAUAUAAUACUAAUUUAUUAUCAUCCGUUAUAAAAACACAACAAACAAACAAAACAAUUGGGAAUCUGUUAAAACUAGUUUUAAAUUAAAAACUGUAGCCGAUAGGCAAAUAAAAAACUGGCCAGCUCAUUUCCUCCAUCACAAUUUGUCCAUUUAAACAAUAAAAUACUUAUUUUAUAGGUUAUUGUAUUGGUUAUUCUUCUUAAAACCUUCUAUUGUUUUUUUUUUCACAAUGGAAUGCUGUCAAAAAAGGGAGAAAUUAGCUUAUAUAGGGGCCGAAUUCUGCACUUUGUCAGAAGGAGUGGGUAUUUCGAACUAUCUGAACCCUCAACCAGAUCAUUUUGAAAAUGUAGAUGUGAAGCUUUUUCAAAGCCCAAAGGUAAAACUUUUUCAUCUUUUUUGAGAAAGUCCUCGCUGCAGCCCGCAGCUUGAUGACGUACUGGACCAGGUCCACUACGUAAUGGAUGAUUGUCUACACCUCCUCCAACCCUAAACCUAACCAUCACAGUAACAUGGGCGUUACCUAAUUACAAGGUCCACUACAUAUUGAACCAGGUCCGCUGCAUCAUUGUGGUACAGACUGCAGUGAGGACAUCUUGUUUUUUUGGCAACAUCUUUGUCAUGUAAACGUAAACCAAGGCUCAGACUACAUUGCUGGAUUCUUGUUUACAUCAGAUUGCUUUGGAAUUAGCCUACUCGCAAUCAAACGGAAUUCUUUGACUUACAGUUGGAGCUUGCACAGGUUAACUACCAACCAAGGUUUAUCUCAGUGGCACAAAAUGCUCUCUAAAAGAAAAAAGGGCUACUGCACUUCUAUGGUUUUAAAAGUAUUUCUCCUUAGCAUCCCAGCAGGCUACUUCGACCGUACAUCCCUACUUUCCUGGAACAUCCCUGUGCUCCAUUUCUCAUUUAAAGGGUUUUAACUGAUGUGUAUACUAUUAACAAUUCAUUUCAAAUCCUGUGGCCACCCGUAACUCUUUUUAACAGACUUCCUCCACACAAGUCCGGUGCGGUUGUCAGGCUAAGGUUCCCCGAGAGGAGGCGGUUGUGGUGGCGUGGACCCAAAUGAAUCGCUGCAAAGUUAACCCGUUAGUGAGAUAAAUCUAUCCCAAGCCUCUCUCUCUGACAUAAUUUCACAUUGAGAAAACUAAUGGCUGGCUAAGCAGAAGAACUUAUUUGUGCCACUAUCCAGUACAUCAGUCGUAGUCCUAGCUAGCGUGGAGGGUUUUUGCUGGGUCAUUACCAAAACCAGAAAUGUUUCAUCCUAAACACUAACGGUUUUAUCUAUUGCCUUACCGUAACCCAGCAGUAUGUCUUAAUGUGGUUCAUUUGACAUUCAUUUUGUGGAUUACAGCGGAGAGUCGCACGUUUUGAAGGCAGGACUGAAUGGGAAGCACACAUUUUGAAGGGCAAUUGCAAAAAGCAUCCUGACAGACAUCCGUACAUGACAUUGCUAACAAGCCAAGGUCUAUCUUCCAGACAAGAAUGGCGUGCUAUGAUUCAGAGUGACUCAUUGCUUCGCUCGUGUGGCGUACAUUGUUCUUUAUUUUCUGUGGACGAGCUGGAAAUCACAGUAGUGGCCCUGUAGCUGAAUGGAUGUAUUACACAAUAGGGACUGUGAGCAAUGCCUUGCGUCCGUAAUCCAACCCAACAGUCAAUCGGUCUCUUGAAAAAGCACAUUGAUUUGGUUUGGAAUAAUUACUCUAAAUGACUGUGAGGUCAGUCUGAACAAAGCACUACCACAAAUGUGGCUGAAUUCGUCUGUGAUCUUUGUGUGUCCCAUGCAUUCUUUUAUUUUUAUUUAAAGUGAUACAUUUUUCGCUAUGUUUUGUACGUUUUCAUCUAUGUCGUUUGGUCAAUAUAUAUACUAAUGCAGUGGUUCCCAAUUCUAGUCGUCGGGUCUCUUAUUUGAUGCACAAAGAUUAGUUCAUGUCUGUUAACAAGUUGAUCUGAAUAAGAAGUGUUAAGUACGCAAAAAAAUAUAUGUUUUUUUAUUUAAACUACUUAUUUAAAAUGAGCCGAAUCAACACAAUUCUUGAUUUUGUUAAGGGGGACAACUUAAUUGUUUUAUGUUCAAUCCACUUAACCUACUUUCUCCAUGUUGCUCCAACACAAAUCGAUUGUAUGGAGCCCACUAUUGUUUUACAGUGUAAGGAAAAUAUACAAAAUGUGCAGUGUGAGGGGUACUGAUGACUGGGAUUGGAAACCACUGCACUAACACAAUGUUUUCACAUUGGUUGACAGUGGUUUUACAUUAGGAUUAAGCAAAAUAUAGCUGAUUUGUGAAUGAAUCAAUUACAGAAUGACUUUUACUAAUGGCAACCAGAAAGCCAUGACAGGUUGAGCAACAACCAUAAAGUGUGUCUGUGUAUGUGUGCGUUUUUUAGCAUUUUGGGUCUUUUAUUUCUUCACUUUGAGGAUGGGGAGUGAUUCUGCUACUUUCGAAACAAUCUCAUGUUAAAGAUAUGGUGAUUUGUUUGGUCUGCAAUCUUUUUGCAAGUAGAACCCAUCGGGAACCAAAGUAACUUUUGAUUGCUAAGUACAUUUAGUUUGUUUUCUUUAUUUCCACUACUAUACUGUUGUUGUCGUCCCAUGUAUGUGCCUUCAAAUGAACUUACAAUGUAAAGUCCUUGAAACCUUUAAAUGUUUUUGCACAAGUUGUAAAUAGACAAACCAAGCUUUUUUUUUUUUUUUGAAAAUAAAGGAGCCAUCAAAAAUGA